AGGAGGGAGGGGGGGGGGGUAGGCUCAGUCACAGAAGCGCUGGAGGCCCCGGAUGAGAGGAUGGCGCCUGUAUUGAUUUGAGGGGUGGACACACCGACGUCCAGGCAGGCUGCAGCCUGGGGGGUUUUAACUGACUGUCACGGAGCUGUUGAUUUGGAGCGUAAAAUCCCCGUAAUAAUACUGUAAUAAAGUCUCUAAAUAAAUACAGAUUUGACAUGUUUUGCAGCCUUGUUUCCGGAGCUGCGCCCACAUCCCGGGAUGACACUAAUCCAAUGAAAAAUAAUACAAUUAAAGGGUGUAUUGUGCUAUUGUUGUGUGCAACAAGUAUUUUCCAGGAGAAUAACGUUUAAUAGUAUUUCAGACUAAGUGGACGAUGUCUAUACUUCUUUUUUCAAAAUGUUUCCACAAAUAAUGUUUAUAAUUUCAGAUAAUGUUUAUUAUUUCAGGUGCCUAAUGUUGAACAGAAAUGAAACUGUGGUCUGCCAGGACAGACGUUUAUAGGCAUUGAUUUACUGUUAAUAUAUGUCAAUUAUUCCAACACAUCUGGAUAAAACAGUCCGUAAGUUAAAAAAAAGAGAAAUUGGAGGCAGAGCAGUGUGAGUUAAAAUUGUAAUGAAAGCAUUAAUUUAGUGCUCUCUGAAUGUAUUCUUUCACAUAAGAUUCAUUCUGUUUUCAGAAACAUUAUUAUUAUUAUUUAUUAUUAUCAUUGAUGCAUCAACAUUGUAAGUACUAUCUAAGAUAAUACAUUAUAAUGUAUGCGUUGAUUAAAUAUUGUUUUUUUCUAAAUGUGAGUCUGUUAGGCUGUUAGGGCUUCAGCAGUGUGACACAGUGAGCACAGGAGGGCAGCAUUGUGCCACGAUCACCUCCAAACAGGCAAGCGUGUCAUUCUGCUCACUUAAGUUCAAUGUGGAGCAGAUCAAAUCUCACCUAUUAAUUAAACUGACUCUCACUCAUUUAGAAAACAUUCAGUGGGAGAGAUUGUACACAAAAUAAUCCAGUCAAGAAUUAACAAUUCAAAAAAACGCCAGCUCUUCCUUUGAAUUUCCCCAACAACUUUAUUUUCCGGCUUCAUUAUUAAAAUAAACCAAAUCCAGUUUUUGCUUUAUAUAUUCAAUGUAUUUAAUGUAAUGCUGUGUUCCUUCUGAAGGUCAUGUUGAAGGAAAAAAAGUGUUCUUCAUUUGUUGUUCUCUUAUUUCUUGGGCUGAGCCUCAUACAUAAACAACAAGUCAGUCUGUUGUUUUCUCGCCUCACCUGGGAAUUUUUGCGAGUUUCCAGCCCUGCAAACGAUGUACACAGAGAUAAUCUCUGUCUGUAUUUUUUUUCCUAUCUCAUGAGAAAUCCCCUUGAGAAAAAAACCCCCAUUCUUAUAAUGGUGUGCAUCUAAUAAUCGCACCACAGUUGUACGAUCAACCGCAAAAACAAACCAUCUUAUACAUGAGUUUUCUAGCUUUUGAAGACAUUAAUGGAGGAUCAAGUUGCAGUGCGGUCGAUGAUGAUUCCUACCAGUGUUAAAACUGGAACGUCACAUUACAACAUUCUCACAGGAGAUGAAAAUUACUGCUAAUAAAAUCAACAUGAUAAACAAAACAUUCAGACUUAGAUGUGCAAAUAUUUUUCCCAGAACAACAAGUGCAGGAUUUCACCUUAUAACUUAAAGAAAAGUCAUGUAACUAAAACACAAGUACAAAAGUUCACUAAAUAUGUAAUUUGCCGGGUGGGAUGUGUAAAAUAAACAGGAUCACCAUAUGUUUUCAUUUCACGUAUUUUGCAUAUACGGACAUCUGAUCUUGUUUGCUCUGAAUGGCACCUGUCUGACUGGAAGCGUUUCAUAUUUGAUUUCAGCCCCGACUCGAUAGCAGUGAGUAGCAAACAUCUGCAGCCAGCUGUGUUUCUCAGGGAUCCGGAAGGGCCACGAGGCAUCUGUUUGGCAGAUCGGUUUCUGAGGUGGUUCAGAGCGUGUGACACGCAUGAGAUUGUAUUUUGGGUAAAAAGGGAACAACAAUCCAAGCAUAAACUUUUCCUGUGUGCUCUUAUUUUUUAAAUGAACACAUAUAAACUGAUGCAACAUUUCAGCACAGAUGCGCGUGGAGCCCCAGGGCAAAUGAGCUGAGGGCUUCCCAUACACACACAAAAAAUCCCCUAAACAUUUUAUGCCUGGAGACCCUAAAAAUUACCAUUAUUUACCAACAACGUUUAGACUUGUCAUAUUGUGAAAUGCACAAGCACUGAAGACGGAAUCAAUUUAUUAAAGCAUCCUAGUAAGCAAAUUACUAUAAUAAGUUUCCCCUUUACAUUUGUAUUUUACUUGCAAUAUUUAAAGGAGCAGUGUGUGGGAUUUAGUGGUUACGCUCAGCCCACCUGGUCCCAUCAUGUUGAGAAACCACAGUGGCUUUCCUGUAAUGUAAAAACAUAAAAAUACCUUAAUGGGCUUUGGGUUGUCCGUUGUGGGCGGAUGGCGGCACAACUUGGCGGAGCACCUUGUGUAGAGGAAUUAAUUGAUUAACCGCAAUCUAAUCCUAACCUGGACAAAGCAUUGUCCACUAAUGACUCCACAGCUAUCGGAUUGUCAGGAUGUAAUCCUCACUGUUGAGAAAACCAAACACCACUGCUGAACACAUAGUGACCAUGGUGAAAAGUCACUGAUUGACAAGGCUAAUCAAUGCCUGCACCAAAUGUCAGGGCAACGUGUCCAGCAUUUGUAGUUUUUACUCUGAACAAAUCUAAACUGUUUGCCGAAUUGAAUUUUUUAAUCACUUUUAAAUAGACAAAAGCUAUAGCCUCUUAAAGGCAUUACAGGUCUUUUGUUUUUCAAGUGCAUUUUACCAACCUUUAGGUAAUUAAAUCAGUUAACACAACGUAUUUGUCACCUAGACAGCCUCGGGACUUGAGGAAGAUGCCUAUUUAGCUUGUUUUUUAAUUCUGCCAUGUUCCUGCAGAUGCGUUUGACUUUACGUGUUUUGAGAAAGUGCAAUUCACCGCAAACCAGACAUGCACCCAUAACUGGCCACCAAUACAUGCUGUCGAGUUUGCUGCAGCAGAAUGCAUGAUUAGCAGUGGACAAAACCAGAUGUUUACACUCGCUGAGUCACAGGCGAACAGAGUCACACACAUGGCUGAGCACAAAGCCUCUGCCCAGGCUUACACCUGGUGGAGAUAACAGGACAAUAAAUGCACUAUUUACUCUUCAUUUCAAUUUCACAUCAAUUUCAGUGCCCAGCAGUUUUCGGUGACUGUUUUUUUAAAAUUGUAUGUCUUCAGUUGGAACCAAUGCUGUUGGAAUCAGGAACACAAAUUGCAUAGUCAAGUUGUGAAGGUGGUUCUGGUCGUUUUGUGGUAUUUAUUGAGCAAAAGAAAGAUCAGUUAUUUCUUCUAAUAACAGUUUAAUAACUUUUGUUUGGUCGACGGCAGUAGGAUAAACGGUGAAGCAAACAAAUAAUAACACACACAGUACCGCUUUUACCUUCUGCACCGCUGAAUACACCACUGAAUGCCUCUGCUCUAAGUGAUGCCUUGCGCCUCACAAUCACCCACACACAGCCCUGCAUCAGACCGUGAGUUGACUUUUAUGUUCAUGUGAAUGUAGGCCACAGCAGCAGCCGAUGACAGCUUAAUUCAAGGGCUCAGCCCCUCCUGCUGAGGCCCACCGUUUGUGUGAGCUGACAGACGAGGAUCAGGCCGAGGAGAGACGAGUGGGAACCCUCCGAGUGCGCUCGGGUUUCUGGGCGCUGUGAAAAGAUUUGUCCGGGCCAUUCAGAUCUGAUGGAGUUUCCCAUGUUCUGCACAAGCGUUGGGAUAAUGAGUCCCUCUAUCUAUCUCAUCUGUGCACACUAAACAGAUACGCGUAAGGCUGAUGUUGGGUUGGGUCCGAGUCCCCGAUGCCUCCAAAAACUCUGGCCCUCAGUGUUGAACUUUUCUCUCGUCACAUGCCAGGGGAUGAGGGGGGCCAUCCAAUUACUUUGGGAAAGGCAGGAAACAGGUAAACAGUUGCAGAAAAAAAAAACAGAGCGGUGGGGGUGAAACGAGUUCGAAAGAAGGGUGACCUCAGUUUGAAAGGGGUUGGGUAAUAGGGGUUUGAGCCGACAUGAGCCCCUGAGGUAAAAGGGGGGCAGAGGGAGCAGGAUAAGAAGGAUCAAGGGACCUGGGGAAAGAAGGUUGUACUCCUUUGAUAGAGGGCAGAGCGUGUGGCAGUCGAGCAAACAGGCAAAACUUUUGGGGGAAUUGUUUUUUAACAUCUAAUCUUGAGAUAGGGGCCAUUUUUUAACACGCAAUUGAGUAAUGAGGUUAAUGCAAUGUUGACCUACUGAAGAUGAAACAGGGCAAACCUCUCUCAGGUGCCGAAAUGGUGCCACAGUUGGGCUUUUUCUUCCUGCUGAUGAGCAACGCCGCCUCGGUCUCCACACAGUUUAACGGAUACAACUGUGACGCCAGCUACCACAGCAGGUUUCCUGGUGAGCGGGACAUCAGCGUGUACUGCGGGGUUCAGACCAUCACCUUGAAGAUCAACUUCUGCCCCGUGCUCUUCUCUGGCUACACCGACGCAGACUUGGCCCUGAACGGGCGCCACAGUGACGCACAAUGCAGAGGCUUCAUCAACAACAACACCUUCCCCACGGCGGUCCUGUUCAGCAUCAGUCUCAGCUCUCUGGAGGCCUGCGGCAACAGCCUGGUGGUCAGCACAGCCUACGGAGCCAACGCUUAUGGGAACAUGUCUCUGGUUCAAAUUGGGAAUGUCUCAGGCUACAUCGACACGCCCGACCCGCCAGCUAUAAUCAGCUACCUGCCCGGUUUGUUGUACAAGUUCAGCUGCAGCUACCCACUGGAGUACUUGGUCAAUAACUCACAGCUGGCAUCCUCAUCUGCCGCAAUAACUGUUAAGGACAGCAACGGUACAUUUGUGAGCACGCUGAAUAUGAUCCUGUACAACGAUUCAACAUAUAAUCAACCUCUCUCUAUUCCAAUGGCUGGACUGGCUCUAAAAACAAGAGUAUUUGCUGCUGUGAAAGCUACAAACUUAGACAAACGGUGGAACAUCUUCAUGGACUACUGUUACACAACCCCCUCAGGGAAUCCUAAUGAUGAACUCCGCUAUGACCUUUUCUUUGGCUGCUACAAAGACCCACAGACGACUGUUUUUGAAAAUGGGAAGAGUCAGUCGGGCCGUUUUUCCUUUGAGGUUUUCCGUUUCGUCAAACACAGACACCAGAAGAUGUCAACUGUGUUCCUGCACUGCGUCACCAAGCUUUGCCGGGCGGACGACUGCAUAAUGCUCAUGCCUAUUUGUGGGCGAAGGCGCAGGCGGGAUGGAGAGAACAGCCUCGAUUCCCCGGCAGCAACAUCUGGGACCGCUGUCAUCACAGCUGGACCGAUCAUCACCAGGAGUGAUGAAACUCCUGCCAACAACUCCCAACUUGCAUCUCGAGAGCCCUCGCAUCCAAUGAACCCAGUGACCAGUGCUCUCGUCUCAGGAGUGGCCAUCCUGGGUGCGGUCAGCAUGGGCUUCUUCCUGCUGUCACUUCGCCUCCUGAACAAGUCCCGCCUCCCAACAACCACAGCCUCAGGUGUUUGGAACACCACCUUUAAAUGAGCAGACGUCUGUAAAUGAUGACAUCUCGGUACUGACAAUAUAUGCAAAACGUUUUCACAUGGCGGGUACACAAACUGAACAGAGGUUACGUGUGUGCCUCUCUUUGUACACGCAUUAUUAAAUGUGUAUAUGUAAUGUUUGUAGGCGUUGUGUAUUUAUUGCCUUCAGUACCUCAGUAUUCUUAUUAUUCAUUCAGCAAUUAUUUUGUCAAUCACAGUAUCUACCGAAGUUGUACACUCAUAACUCUGAUGCUAAUGGACAAAUGUUGCUUUUUAGAAACUUGUAAUAAAGUUGUGUUGGAUUAAAAUGACUCAUUUUGA